AUGCCUGCGACCCGGUUCCGUCAUUGCAAAGACGCCGACGCGACGGUCGCCCAACUAUGGAAGCAGUUCCAGAGCUCCAAAUCCCGCACCACCACACCCAUCCCAACCAGACAACGCCGGGUGGGUGUCAAUGAUACGGCAGCCCACAGAAGGACAGAAUUUGCGAUUCAUGUCCCAUCGAUCGACAAUCCAGAGGACUAUGAGUUCCUGCCCGGCCAUUUUACUAUUGACCGUAUCCUGGACGUGCACUCAGAUGAGCCGCAGGGACCUACCUAUACAGUCAAACUCCAGAGUGGCGAGCUGGAGAAAUUUUCAUACUCACGGCUGUCGAACCUGGAAUACGGACUGGAGUCGCUGGCCGAGUUCAAGGAGACACCCGAAUUCAUCGACGCCCGAGAGUCGAGCGAGGAUGAAAUCCAAGUCGUUAGAGGACGGCAUCCGAUGCCAUCCACCUUUCUAUCUAUCGAUGGCCCAUCAUCUGAGGAGAUAUCCGAAGUGGAGUCGUCCAGAUCAUCCAGCGCUCGGGGUUUACGCCUCCGCGCAGCUUCAAAAAGAAGCGGAUACGCUCGGUUCUUUCAUCCUGUGGAUAGCGAUCUCGAAGAUUCAGCUAGCGAUGCUAGGCCCACGCGUGUUCGGCGCCGCUUGAGGAGGGGGUCGCCAGAAACAAUCGCACCUCUGAUGAGUCGGACAUGA